AUGGUCCUUCCAAAACUCUCCUACAUAGCAGUGGUAGUCUUUGUGUGUAGUGUGAUUUCCAAUGCUUACGCACAACAAUGCAGCGUGGGCGAAGUCUCAAAACUUGGAAUGAUGCUGCAACGUCACAUCUUCAAGAGGAUCACGGGAGCUUCUCUGGGGGAUGUGUGUUACCAUGAGUGUACCGCUGACGUCAGAUGUCAAAGUUUCAAUUACGUUUUCACUCAAAACACUUGUGAAUUAAAUAACCGCACCAAGGAGGCCAGACCCGACGAUUACGUUCCAAACGCGGAGCGGUAUUACUUCAAACGAGAAUUGAACAGAGUCCCUCUCGCUUCUAUUCCUGAGCUGCCUGCGGAGACUUGCCAAGAAAUCAAAUUGAGCGAAGGAGGACAAGCGGUCAGCGGCAAAUAUUGGUUUUCUUCGAUUGUACCCGCGAAGAAACAAGACCGAGGAACACUUAUUCCUGAGCUGCCUGCGGAGACUUGCCAAGAAAUCAAAUUGAGCGAAGGAGGACAAGCGGUCAGCGGCAAAUAUUGGUUUUCUUCGAUUGUACCCGCGAAGAUUGUUCUGGCUCCUUGUGACAUGAAAACCGAAGACGUGGAUGAAUGUAAUUCAACAAUUCCCUUGUGUGACGUCAACGCCGAGUGCGUGAACACCAUCGGUUCUCACAGUUGUUCGUGCAAAGCGGGUUUUACUGGAAACGGAAAAAAAUGUAUCGAUGUCGACGAAUGUACCAAGGAAUCACAUGACUGUGACGCCAACGCCUACUGCAACAAUACCAUUGGUUCUUAUAGAUGCACGUGCAAUCCCUGGUACCAAGGAAACGGAACAAGCUGCUAUUUUCGUGAGUUUUAAAACUAACAUUUAGACACGAGCGAACCAAGCAGUCUCCUUAACUCUACUUCGGUCAUUAUUUCUCACCUGGGGGGAGUGGGGAGGAGGGGCGGAGGAUUUUGGUGGAAUCGCAUGAUUUUCCACAGAUUAAAAGGAGGAAUCAGCCCUAAUGGACAGGCACUAAGAGGAGAGGUGAGGACCAUGAAAAAAUAGAGAAAAAAAAUUAGCAAAGCAGAAGGAUCGAUUUUUUUAGCUUUGUUUCUUGUUCAGACACGAUAUAACAUGAUAAAAUAAUCAAAUUUUCUUAUGUGUUCACAAGAACAAGUGUUCAGUUUAAUGGGACUGCCUCUUCCCCUAAUGUUUCUUUUUUGGCAGCCUUUUGGACGCCUCCAUCUACAGACUUUUGAACAUCAUCUUCCUCUGACUCUCGGAUUUUCCCCUCUGCUAACUCUCGGAUAGUCUCCUCGUCCAAUUCAUCGGCAAUGUACUCGUCCGAGCUU